ACCUUUCCCCAAAAUCCGCCUCGUACCGGUACACACAACUCCCUCCCAUCUGCCACGGCGGCCCAUUCCUCCCGCACGACGCACGCGGCUCCGACCCCGUCCACUGGCUGGUCUGCACUCUCCCAUCUCACGCCACCGCGCGACGCGACCAAUUCCACGGCCUCCUCCCGGCUCCCACAAAAAGCGAUGCCGCCUGCCGCCACCACGAAACGGAGCGCCACAUAAGUCGUGUCCGUCCACUCACCCACGCCACCGCCACCGCCACGCAUGGCCGCUCCGCCGUGCCCGCCGCGGCGGCCCAUCUCCGCGCCGUGCUUCCUCCUCUGCUUCCUCCUCGGCUUCGUCGCGGGCCUCUUCCCCUUCGCCCACCGCCACCUCCACCUCGACCUCCACCUCCCGCUCCCUCCCCCUGCGACCGCCAUCCUCGUCAGGGAGGACCCGCCGUCCGUCGUCGUCGACGUCGACACCCCGUUGCCGGCGGCGGCGGAGGAGCGGAAGCUGCUGCUGGUCGUGACGCCGACCCGCGCACGCCCGCUGCAGGCGUACUACCUGCGCCGGCUCGCGCACACGCUCCGCCUCGCGCCGUCCCCGCUGCUCUGGCUCGUCGUCGAGUCCGGCGCCGCCACGCGCGACACGGCCGCGCUCCUCCGCGGCUGCGGGGUCAUGUACCGCCACCUCUCCUCCCCCGUCCCCGACGCGCCCCAGGAUCGUCCCCGCCGCCGCGGACGGAGGCAGGACCGCCCGGCUGUUGACAGCCGCGCCCGCCAGCGGAACACGGCGCUGGAUCACAUCGAGCACCACCGCCUACACGGCAUCGUCUACUUCGCCGACGAGGACAACGUCUACUCCCUUGACCUCUUCUACCAUCUUCGCGACAUUAGGAGUUUUGGAACCUGGCCUGUGGCAACCUUGGCCCCCGGGAAGAGUAAGACGAUACUACAAGGACCAGUCUGUGAAGGUAGUCGUGUGGUGGGAUGGCACACAACAGAUAGGAGCAAGAAUCAGAGGAGGUUCCAUGUAGAUAUGUCUGGUUUUGCAUUCAACAGCAGUAAGCUUUGGGACGCCAAGAACAGAGGUCAUCAGGCCUGGAAUUACAUCCGGCAGCUCGACACGGCAAAGGAGGGGUUUCAAGAGACGGCAUUUAUAGAGCAGCUUGUAGAAGAUGAAACUCAUAUGGAGGGCGUACCUCCUGGUUGUUCAAAAAUUAUGAAUUUUCAUCUUCAUCUGGAAGACAAGAAUGCCAUCUACCUGAACGGGUGGCAAACCACUCAAAACCUGGAUGUAAUUAUUCCUUUGAAGAAGGAAGCAAGGCCCCUACUAUAGCUCCUUGCUUACCUUGCAGUAGUGUCAUUCUUAACUGGUCCAUUUGCCUCAAGCAGAUCCUCUUUUCGAUGUGGCUGAAGAGAAGGAAUGUAUUUCAAGUCAUACCAGGGCGCCACAGAAACUGAGGUGGUUCAUAUAUACCAGAGUGCCAUAGAAACUGAAGUGGUUCUUUUGGCUUGUCAUCUUAUCGAAAGUCAGAUAGGAUGGUUUGUGGAUUAGGUGUACAUACAACAUAAACACAUGAAGAAAUCUGCGCUUACUUUUCACAUCUAACAUGUAAAGAUGCUAAUCCUGAUGGCAAUUUUGUUUAUUCUAAAUCCUUAGUGGCUGUCUGCCCCUUACCUCCA